ACGAUCCGUGAACAUGCCUGCUAACAAAUCAUCUGUGAUUAAUAAAUAUGGAGUAGUAUGUUCCUCUUAUGAAAAAUCAAAGCCACCAUUUUCAAUCACAAAAGAAUUCAUCUUGAGACCUAACCAAACAAAAAAUCCAAAAGAAGAGGAAGAACUGUUGGACAUAGCUAGAAAAAACCUUAUCGAAUGUAAGAGGAAACUGGGUCUCAAAACCUUAGGUACUGGGAGGCAUGUACAUCUUCCUAUGACAUGGACUGAAGUAGUAUAUCUGGCUCAGUGCAAAGGAGAAAUCCAAGAUGAAGCUUUAAAUAUGCUUUAUGCUUCCCUGGACCAUGCUACCUUUGAUUACGAUCAUCUGCCUGCCUUAUUUUUUGUUGCAGAAUCAGUUUUGUAUAGACUCUGUUGUGAUGCAUUCUUAAAGACGUACUUAUACUCAGUUGAAAUAAAGCUGGCAAAGAUUGGCUAUUUGGUCUUCUUACGACUUUUUAUAUAUUUCCUUCAUGGUCACCUGAAAAGGUUUAAACAACAUUUACUUAGGCUUCAACCAUAUUUAUAUGCACUUUCUUUCUCUGGAGAAUUAUAUUGCAAGUAUCCAAACAUCUUUUCAAAUGUGCAGUGUAUUCUGAAAAUCAUGGAAAUUGUAUGUAAAAGAGAACUCCUUUCUCAAUCAAUUUUUAGCCCUGUGUAAGACAAGAAUGUAGAUUCUGAGAUGGAAGGAUAUGAAAUUAACCACCUGCUCUGGCACUGUGUUGCUGCCUGGACUUGUGUUCAGAAGAAUAGUCCCCAGUUGAAUAAGGUGCUUGAACAUCUCAUCUUUCAUAAAACACAGCUUCAAGAGAAACAGUGGUUGGAUUCAGCACUGGCUUUGUUGGUCCUUGGGGAGGCUGCCAAAUUACACAUAGCCUGUUUGAAAGCUUUCAUGGACCUAAUGAGAGAUUUUCUUUUAAGCAUUAUGUCUGUUCGGAAUCAGGAAGAAAGCUGCAAGGUCGAUGAUUUUUCCUGGGCCUGGAAUGUAGCCUACAUAUACAUAACAAUUCUUGCAGAAAUCUGCUUGUAUGCGGCCAAUUCUGAUCUGCGAAAAACUGUUUUAAUUGGUUUCUGCGACUGUAAUAGUUCACAAAAAGAUAUUUUACCCACGGACAAAUCAGAAGAAAUGCCAGAAUUGAGGGAAACAAGUAUUUUAGGUCUUCUGGAAUAUUUCUCUUCAAAAAUGUCAGAUAAUUGUGAUCAAGUGAAAUGGACUGCAUGCUAUGGCUUAGUGUAUAACCUGCUGAAAAUGUCAUGGGAACUUCGAGGAGAUAAGGAGCAGGAUGGACUUAGAAACACAAUAUGGCAAAUGUUACAAACAAAGGAUCAUGAGAAAGAUGGGCGAAUCUGUAAUGCAGUAAAUAUUGCCCAGCUUGCACAGAUGCAGUUAUCCUAA